UCCUCCUCCUCCUCCAGUCAGUGACACAACAUCAGCCUCUCAGCAUCCGCAUCUCACGGAGUCGGAGGACCAGCAUCCUCAUUUUAGCGUCCAAUCCACAACCGUUCCCCGUCGUCAUCGCCCCAGACGGCUCCACUUAGCCUGAUAUUUGUUUUUAUUUCUGUAUUUAUAGCCUGGAUUACCUCUCCUCUUUGAUCCGCCGAGAUGAUUUUGUGUUCGGAUCGGGUUUUGUAAGGCAGCGGAAGCAUCAUCGUUCGCCUACAUCUCCUCUGCUGUGACCAUCUGGAUAGUGAAUCUCAAGGCAGAAGGUUUGGACCAGGCUUUCCCUCCCCAGAGCUGUUUACCUUCUCCUCCACGCUAGCUGCCCAGCGGCAGACUGUAGCCAAGACUGAGGCUUUCGGACCUUCAGGAUCUCCUCUGGUUGACGUCCUUCUGAUCCAGAAGAGGCCCCUCAGACAGUCACCAUGGGAACCGUGCUGUCGCUGUCGCCCAGCUACAGAAAGGCGGCCCUGUUUGAGGACGGCCCUGCCACGGUGGGCCAUUACACCGCCGUCCAAAACAGCAAGAACGCCAAAGACAAGAACCUCAAGCGCCACUCGCUUAUCAAUGUGCUCCCGUGGAAGCGGAUAGUCGCCGUGUCGGCCAAGAAGAAAGGCUCCAAGAAGGUGCAGCCGAACGGCACCUAUCAGAACAACAUCACCCACCUGAACAAUGAGAACCUGAAGAAGUCGCAGUCAUGCGCCAACCUGUCCACCUUUGCUCAGGAUCAGAGCACCCCGGCGCUCACCAAGAGCAACAACAACUCGUCGUCUGUCAAAAAAGCUCCUCUGGCCAACUCGAACGUGGCCAGCGGAACCCCCAAGAGAGUGAUCGUGCAGGCGUCCACCAGCGAGCUAUUGCGCUGCCUCGGGGAGUUCCUUUGCCGACGUUGCUACAGGCUCAAACACCUGUCGCCCACCGACCCGGUGCUGUGGCUGCGCAGCGUGGACCGCUCUCUGCUGCUGCAGGGCUGGCAGGACCAAGGGUUCAUCACCCCGGCCAACGUGGUUUUCGUCUACAUGCUGUGUCGAGAUGUGGUCUCCUCAGAAGUGGCCACGGAGCACGAGCUCCAGGCUGUGCUGCUCACCUGCCUCUACCUGUCCUACUCCUACAUGGGCAACGAGAUCUCCUACCCUCUGAAGCCCUUUCUGGUGGAAAGCUCCAAGGAGACCUUCUGGGACCGCUGCCUGUCCAUCAUCAACCUGAUGAGUGGCAAGAUGCUUCAGAUCAACUCCGACCCUCACUACUUUACUCAGGUGUUUGCCGACCUGAAGAAUGAGAGCCAAAAGGAAGAGGAGAGGAGUCGCCUACUCAUUGGCCUGGACCGGUGAGGAGAGCAGACCGGCGAGGGUGGGGAGGAGGGGCGUACUCCAGUCUGGCAUUUUGAAGUUCAUGUUCCAAUAUUAUCCAACCAGGUGAGCCAAGAAUUAAACAUAAGACGGUUAUUAAUCCAAACAAGAGGCUGUAAAAGAGGCCUCAACAUUCAAAUGGAGGAGAUGGUCAGCCACAUAAACCCUAUUCAACGAAAGACCUCGUGCAGGUUGUCUCCAACAGGACCAUCACAGGUCGCCUUUUAACCCGUAUAAUAACCUGAAGCAUACACAGACAAUCUGUAGAGAUAUUGGAGUAUAUAUUUUGGCACUGCCUUCAUGCUCUAGUCACAAUAGCAUAUUGCCAAUAAGACCUGGGAGUUGCCCUCCAGUUUAUUCUGCUAGCGAAUCUCAAGUGUCAACACCAAAUUCCAGGUGAGCUUAUGGAGGACGUCUGAGAAUGAAAGCAAAAAUGCCAGACUUGGGUGAAUCCUUUGCUCAUGCACAAACAUGUACAUUAAAGGAAAGACUGGGGUCAUGAUAAAAGGGAGCGUCUUCACCCAUGAAUGUGGACAGGACAGAGGCUGCCCUGGCUUGCUCAUGACUUUCUGACUGUUUGACCAUGAGAUGUGUACUGCCCCCUACAGGAGGGCUUCUGGCCAAUCCCCAAAAUGUUUGUAAAACCUUGGUUAUUUGGAAUGUGGACCCUCAACAGAACGGGACGUCGGUAGCGCGAGGCAUAUCUUCAGCUGGCCGCUUCAACGCCGGAUCAAUAUUUAGGACGGACAGUGAAGCCAAGUGUGUUCACAAAGACGAUCUUUAUUUUCAUCCAGGAAACAAAAAAAAAAAAAAAAAAAAAAAAAAAAAACCUUGAUGGAUGUUUUACACCUAUGGAUGCUUAUUUAUUAAAUGGUUUCUGGAAGUUUUCUUUCUUUGAAAAGAAAUGUACGUUUUUUUGCACGUGUGCCAUGCAACUUUUUUCCAGACAGGCAGCAACAACAUUUUUCUUCAUUUGUAGUCCGACUGCAUCUGCGUUAGAGAAUGCUGUGCAACAAAGUGACAUUAGUUUAUUUAGCUCUGCUUGCUAAACUAGGCUACUUGUUUACCAGGGAAAUCCUUUUCUACUUUGUGUUGAUACGCAGGAAUUAUUUACUGUUCAUAACGCAGCAUAUAAAAUGUUUUACGAGUGCCAUGUCUUUGAGGGGAGUUCCCACAUGAAUACAAGCGAUGGAUGUCCUCUUGUGUAUUGCCAUUAUUUAUUGUUCGGUGGAGGAGUUUGUGCUCAUCUUUGGUGGGAAUGAAGAUUGUGGUUUGUGCAAUUGAAUGUCACAGGGAUUUGAUUUUUGACAUUUAAAACCCUUAGAGCUGCACCAAGGCAUUAUCUGACCGUCACCAAAGCCAAAUCAAAGACUUUCUGGACAAAUGCUCAAGUACAUUCAAGGUGGCUGCACCACAUAUCAGACAGAUCAGCACAUGCUGGGACAGCUGAACUGCUGGUCUACAGAGCCAAGGGCAGUACAUGAAAGCUCAACCUGCAUGAGGGUUGUUGUUGUUGUUGUUUCAACGCAGAUCAUGUAGCAGUGGUGACCUCAUCAGAGCUCCACCGUUGCAUUAGCAAAUCCAUUUUUUUGUGCGUCAAUAAUGACAACUGCAAUCAUCAACGGAAGACAGAAGAUCAAGCUGUCAGUCUGACGUUCCACUGUUAAUGUCUUCAGCGCUUGACGGUUUCCUCGGAAGGCUCUCCGUGGCUUUCUGAGUAGCUAACACGGUUAGCUCUCCAUAUUGAUCUAGAGUAGAGCAAGCGCUUCAAAAUGGGUCUCUAGUCCGAUAGCUGCAAGAUCUGAAGAAAGUAUUGGACUGUUUGGAAGGGCCCGUCUGAACCGACUUAAGCAAGUGGGAUAUUAGCUCAGGACACUGUCUUUCAUGUUUCACAGGCAGUUCAUGUUGACACGACAUAUAUUUACACUGCAUCACUGGAUACAGGCUUUGUAGAAUCAAUUUACUGUCACCUGACUGAGUUAGGAACCUGCAGUAAUGGGUACUACACUGCAAGGAGCAACCUCAACCCGUCACUUUCUUCAUCAAAAAUUAUUAGCGAUCAAAUUUGUUCCGCAUUGAUCAAGAAGACCUCAAAAAAAUGAAGCGAUGCUUUCUGUCAAGUACUUUUUCUGUAUGUUGUACUUUGUAGAUAGAAAAAGAAAGAACAAACGGACAGAAUGUGUGUGUGAGUGUAUGUGUUCGAGCGGCAGCAUUUGUACAGUAGAAUGUGUGACACAUUGUUCUAUUAUUAUUAAAACAGACAAGGAUCAAACACAGACCACAUGGAAAUUUUUAUUUUAUUUUAUUUUAUUUUAUUUUUUAGAAAAAGUGAGAAAGUGUUGCUAUAAUCAAAACUUUUUCCAUUUAAUUUCUGUUUAUUUAUUUUUGUACUGUGAUGGGAAAUAAAAUCCAAUGACUGUUGAACAAGAAACACUGUGUUAUUGACUCGCUUGAUGAAUAAAAUAAAUGGUUGGUAGUUUCAUUCCCAGAUUGGAUUGCUGACAUUCCAAAUGCCAGACAAAAACAUACAUCAUAAGAUCUGCCACCAGACAAUUAUACCUGAAAUCUAGCGUAAUACAGAGGCUCAACAGUAUAAACUAAGAGACUAACACUGCCGUGAAGGUCAAACACUGCUGUGGAGUCUAUACAGGACGGGUUUCG